AUGACAAGAGGAGGAGAGGAUUUCCCACCCCUUCCUCUGCCAUCUGCCUCGCGUCGGAGCUCUAGAAGCUCCCGUGAUGCUGGGACUGGUGAUCGGUGGUACGAGGGAGACGUCAGACCCUCAUUUAUUAAACCUAGGAUUGGUAGACGUAAGGUGGCUGUGGUCAUCAUUACUGGCAAGGCUGGAUCUGACAUGUCCUAUUCUGACAUCCUCCGCACGGCCAGGCAAAAUAUCUCCCUGGAGGCCCUAGGUAUACGCGAAACUAGGAUUCGCCCAGCCUUUAACGGAGGCUAUAAGAUAGAAGUACCCGGUGAGGGAGGAGCCGAACUUGCAGCCAAACUUAAAGACCAGUUGGAAAUAAUUCUUCGAGAUAUUGCAAAGGUGGACAAUCCCGUGGCUCGAGGUGAGUUAAAAAUCACAGGACUUACUCCCUCCACGACUAUGGAGGAGAUUAGAGAACAGUUGGUGCGUAUCAGUGGUUUUCCUCGACUGCAUUUAACAUCGCUGAAAUCAAGAAAAUGCGCGACGGAAUGGGCAUUACAUAGGUGCAAUGCCCUCUUAAUGCAGCGAUAUCGAUUGCUGAGGCUGGUCGCCUCUCCAUUGGCUGGACGUCGGCUAGGAUGUGGAGACAGGGACCAUAAGGCGAAGGAUUGUUCCUCUGCACCGCACUGUGUGAUAUGUGUAGAUCUAGGGAAAAACGGCAACCAUCGUAUUGGCUCGUAUGCCUGCCUGGUCAAUAAUGGCUACGACACUGUGAAACGAGCUGAUCAAAGACAGUCUGCGCGUCUUUCCAAUUAUGGCAACUAA